AUGGCAGGGAUAAUAUUUUUAAGUGCUGUUAAUUUGUUCAAGAUUACAUCUGAAAUUCAGUUAGAUCUCUUUAUUCAAGUUAAUUCCUAUCUAUCUAUCUAUCUAUCUAUCUAUCUAUCUAUCUAUCUGUGUGUUUCUCUCUCCCACCUCUGUCUCUCUCUCUUUCUAUUUAUGUAUACUUCUACGUGCAUUCAUAUAGAUCAUAGCUUGUUUGAAUCUAUCUAUCUAUCUAUCUAUCUAUCUAUCUAUCUAUCUAUCUAUCUAUCUAUCACAGUCUGUUCAUAUCUAUCUAUCUAUCUAUCUAUCUAUCUAUCUAUCUAUCUAUCUACUAAUGAAAAUGGAUUUCGCUGCUUUGAAUCUAUCUAUCUAUCUAUCUAUCUAUCUAUCUAUCUAUCUAUCUAUCUAUCUAUCACGCUCUCGUCUGUUCAUAUCUAUCUAUCUAUCUAUCUAUCUAUCUAUCUAUCUAUCUAUCUAUCUAUCUAUCUAUCUAUCUAUCUUUCUAUCUAUAUAUCAACAAAGUGGCAAUGGAAAUUUCCUGGCCUGACUCAACUCUCAAAUUCUAUACAAAAUUCACAUAAUCAAAGGCUUUACAUGAGGCUUCUUGUUCAGAAUGACAAACUUUCAACAUUCUCUAGUAAUGCACAUUCUUUUUGCAUGUUUUUCCUCAAUUUGUAUAUAACAUCUAUCUAUCUAUCUAUCUAUCUAUCUAUCUAUCUAUCUAUAUGA